GCCCGCCCGCCACCGUAAAGCUCUCCCGUGAAGGCGUAAAGCUCUCGCCCUCAAACGGUUGCGCCUGCGCAAUGCACUGCUGGCGCCUGCGCAGUCAGUCGGGGCCCGUGCGUGGAGAUGGGCGCGGCGGCGGCCGAGGCCAACCGGACCCUGUUCGUGGGGAACCUGGACCCCCGGGUGACCGAGGAGCUGAUCUUCGAGCUCUUCCACCAGGCAGGUCCAGUAAUUAAAGUUAAAAUACCUAAGGAUAGAGAUGGUAAACCAAAGCAAUUUGCAUUUGUGAAUUUCAAACACGAAGAAUCUGUCCCUUAUGGAAUGAGUCUGCUUAAUGGGAUCAAACUUUUUGGAAGGCCCAUCAAAAUUCAGUUCCGAUCAGGGAGUAGUCAUGCAUCUCAAGAUGGCAAUUCAUCUUAUUCCCAGCAUGGAUCUGCUAAUACAAGUCCUUCCAGCACACCACAUUCAACACCAAAUUCAAACAGAUAUGAUAGGAGCACAGAUAACACGUUAGCAACAGGAUUCACAUCCACGCAGAUGCUGCAGAGGUCUUUCUCAUCUCCUGAUAACCUUCAGAGACAAAUGAUGAAUAGUGGUACACGGCAGCAGUCACAAUACAGUGGAAAGUAUGGUUCUCCACAUGCAGAUCAGUCCAGUUAUAUCUCACCGGGGCAGCAGCAGAGUCAUUCAUUUAAUCAGUCUUCAGGCUCACAAAUGCAGCGUCGUCCAGAUGGAUCGUCAGCACAGCGCAAGAACAGGCUGAACUCCCAUCCUUAUAUGGACAGCAGACAUUUUAACCGUGAGCAGCGUUUUGGAGACUAUGGAUCUGAUCAUUUUUACAGGGGGAAUAGAGAUGAGUACAGCUAUGAAGACAGGAGUCCUCAUGAUGCUGGAUCUGAUCACUAUUCUAGAGGGAACAGGGAUGAGUACUGCUAUGAAGACAGGAGCCAUGAUGGCUGGAGCCAUGACUAUAACAGAAGAGAGAACUACAGAGAUGGCAAAUGGCGCCCAUCCCGGCAUUAGCCAGUAUUUAAAGUGGGCUCUAAAGAACUUUUAUGGGCUCUCCUCCAGAUCUCAAAUUGAUUUUAACAAAGUGUAUAGAGUAACAUUGUAAGUUACCUUUUAAAAAACUUUUGUAAAGUCAUGUACAUUACCUUUUU